AUGUCACGUCCUCAAGACCUACUGCCUCCGUGGCUCGUAAACCACCACGUCGCUCAUGACUCGCCACUUCUUCCCGACCACAUUCGCCUCAUCCCAUGGGACGACGGGUUCACUCCCUCCGGCUGCAAUUGCCGUCCGGGUACACUCGUGCGUGACUACCCACGGGACCAUCCGGGAGCUCUUGUAACAGUCGAUCACGCAGUGUCGGAACGUACGGCCGAUCAGCUGUACGCGAGUGCGAUCGAAGCAAAAGUGUGGGGUGUCUACGUGUCAGUCGAUGAGUUACUAGUGCUUGAUGCUGCCAGUCGAGCAGCUUCGAUUGUAGUACCGAAGGUCAAGCAAACUGCAGCACAGAAGCUGGAAACCGGUCGUCAGGAUUUAGCUCGACAAGCGAUCCAGGAAUUCCUCGUCGAGCGCUUGGCUGGACAGGACGUGAUUACUAAGAACGACUGGGCACGUACGCACGGUGUCGCCGUGUGGGUCAUUGCCUCCGAUUGCGACGAUGAGACGGAGUACCACGUGGACUAUGCCGAGCAGGUCCGAUACGAGACCAAUGUGCUCUUUCCGCCCAUCUAUGGCGCUACGUUGCACCGGGAGACGGGUGUACUCGAAGGCGGAAGUCUGUACGUGAAUGUCAAAGGUCUGGACCACUAUGAAAAGUACGGCCACAAGACGCGCAAGCGGUCAACGCGACUGACAACGGAUGAGCUGGAGGAGCUGAGCCAGACUGAACCUGGAUGGGAACGUGUCCCGUACGUGUAUCGUCGAGGGAUCGUGUGUGAUGGCGAGCUGCCUCACUUUAGCGGUCGCGUGCGUUCACUGCCGACGUCAUUGUCAUCUGUGAAAUACGCGAAGGUGCCCGUGAAGCGCGUGAUCGUGGGCUUUAACCUGUUUCCGAGCGAAAUCGGCGCGUGUGUCGCUAAGUUCCCCGAACACAGCGGCGCUUUCAACCGCUACGUGAAGCUCUCUCAAGCCGCCGUGAAGCGGACAAAGGCGCUGUCGACUGCGGGCAACAAGGGCGGCUGGACGCUGGCGAGUGUGCGAGCGAACCCAAAGCAGGCUGCGUUUCUCAAGUUGCUGGCACGUAGGGUACGUGAGACGGAGAAGCAGAAGUCGGAGGCAGUGACACCGACUGUAACUGCGUCGUGCCCGUCAAGUUGUGAGCUGCGGAACGAGAGUGAAGAGGUGGAAGAAGAUGUCGAGAGGUGA